AAGCUUUCUCGCACCAAAUCACAAAUCGACUACUGGUGCAUCAAAUCCGACCCGCGAACUUUUUUUCUCACAGGGAAUUUUCAUCAUCUCGAACAAGACGAUCGCGCAACAACAACGCACCUCCAAUUCCCUCCUCAUUUUCUUCACCUUCUUUCACCCGAAUUACCUUUCGAGUGCGUUGUUAAUUAUUCAAGAUGGCGCCUACUAACCUCCCCACAUCCAUGCAUGCGACGUCCCAGGACAUCGAGAUGCUUCUGGCCGCCCAGAGCCAUCUCGGUUCCAAGAACUUGCAGGUUCACAUGGAGCCUUACCUCUGGAAGACCCGAGCUGACGGUGUCAAUGUCAUCAACAUUGGCAAGACCUGGGAAAAGAUCGUCCUAGCCGCCCGCAUUAUCGCCGCUGUUGACAACCCCGCCGACAUCUGUGUUAUCUCUGCUCGUCCUUACGGUCAGCGUGCCGUUCUCAAGUUCGCUGCUCACACCGGUGCCGUUGCUAUCGCCGGUCGAUUCACCCCCGGUUCCUUCACCAACUACAUCACCCGUUCGUUCAAGGAGCCCCGCCUAAUCGUUGUCACCGACCCUCGCACCGAUGCCCAGGCCAUCAAGGAGGCUUCUUACGUCAACAUCCCCGUUAUCGCUCUUUGCGACACCGACUCCCCGACCGAGUACGUUGAUGUUGCCAUCCCUACCAACAACAAGGGUCGCCACGCCAUUGGUACCGUCUGGUGGAUGCUUGCCCGCGAGGUCCUACGCAUCCGUGGUACCAUCGCUAGCCGUGAUACCCCCUGGGACGUGAUGGUCGAUCUUUACUUCUACCGUGACCCUGAAGCCGAGGCGGAAGAGAAGGUCGAGGAGGAGAAGCUACCCGGUGCCGAGGAGGUUGGCCCUGCUGCCAUCGAGACUGGUACCUUCGGUGCUGCGGCAGCUGACUGGGAGCCUGCUCCCGCCGGUUUCGCCGCUGCCCAGCCCGGUGGUUGGGAUGGCCAAACCGAUGAGUGGGCGAAUGCUACCGGUGCUCCUCCGGCUGCCGAGUGGGGUGCUACUACGGACGCCAAAGACAGUCAAUGGUAGAAUCAGGACGUCAAUGACACCCAAGGACAGACCCAUGACGAUGUUGCUCGAGAGGGAACCUAUGGUACAUCCCAAACCAUGGGCGAUGUUGAGUGGUAAAUAUCAUUUCCACGACAUACGCCAACACCACGCUAUUUUGAUUUCUUACGCAGCAAAAAUGUGGUUAGGGAGAGAGGGCUACGGGUCAACUUGAUCGUACUAAUGAGGGAAAGAUAUCCGGACUUGGUUGGCUGGUUACGGAAAAGUUUCUUUUACGAGAAUGGAAGGGGGGGAUUUAGUUGACUCUAUUGUCACCAUAGAUAGUCGACUACUUUCUCUUUUCCUUUCUUCAUUUCUCUCUAUUGAAGCUCGUGCACAACCAAACAACUCGGGUUCGGGGGAAUGCCCUGUACAGUCAAAGGGGUGGACUUAAUCGUUAUCCCACCCGUUUUCUUUUUCUCUUAACUACCUACCUAGCUCAGUCGCAAGGAGGGAAAAAAAAUAAACAAGCAAAUCUCAUGGUAAUAACUAGGUGUCCCCGGGUGUAGGGGAUGUGGGAUGUUAAAAAUGUUUGCUAUCUAAAGUGAUUACCUCGUCAUCGCCCUAGUGUGUGCCUGUAGGAACUUGGUACUCAAUCUAACAUCAAAUAUCUAGGUGCCUGACUCUUUAAUUUACAAUCUGAUAUACCAGAGACAAGUAU